AUGUAUUCAACAAACUCUUCGUCCAAAUGGUUGCCAUUGAAUCCGAUGAACGACUCGUCGCCACCGAUUAGUUACCAUCAGUUGAACAAAGAGUUGUUCACCGCCUGUAAGAACGGGGAUGUGAUUCGCGUCAAGAAACUCAUCAACUCUUCUAAUGUCAACAUUCGGGACACUUCUGGACGCAAAUCAACUCCUCUUCACUUCGCGUCCGGUUUUGGUCGCAAAGAUAUCGUCGAGUAUUUGCUUAGUUUGAAGGCUAAUGUGUCGGCUAAGGAUGACGGAGGCCUUCAACCGCUUCAUAACGCGUCCAGUUUUGGUCACGCAGAAGUGGUUGAGUUGUUGAUCAAGAAUGGCGCGGAUCCCAACGCCAAAGACAACUGGCAUUUCACGCCACUCAUGGAAGCGGCCAUCAAAGCAAAGAUAGAGGUUUGCAUUGCAUUGCUUCAGAAUAGCGCCGAUCCAAACAUUCUGAACGCCGACGGAAAGUCGGCCAUUGAUUUGGCCGAUCCCACGGCUAAGACUGUUCUCACCGGAGAGUAUAAGAAGGAAGAGCUGUUAGAGUCGGCCCGCAAUGGCAACGAAGAGAAACUCAUGUCUCUAUUGACGCCAUUGAAUGUGAACUGUCAGGCAAGCGAUGGGCGAAAGUCAUCGUUAUUGCAUUUGGCCAGUGGUUACAAUCGGGUGAAUGUGGUUAAACUGCUCUUAAGUCGUGGCGCCAACUGUCACGCGCAAGACAAGGGAGGUUUAGUUCCGCUCCACAACAGCAGUUCUUACGGUCACUUCGAAGUCUGUGAUAUCCUUAUAAAAGCCGGCGCCAGUGUCUCGGCUACCGAUCUCUGGCAGUUCACACCAUUACACGAGGCUGCAUCCAAGAUGCGCGUUGAGGUGUGUUCACUGCUCAUCAGUAAUGGCGCCGAUCCUUAUCUGCAGAACUGUCACGAUAAGAGCGCUAUAGACAUCGCUCCGACCCGUGAAUUACAGGAACGAAUUGCGUACGAAUAUAAAGGUCAUUGUCUUCUCGAGGCUAUACUUCUGGCAGAAGUGACAAAAGUGAAGAAAUACUUGACAUCAGAAAUGGUCAACUUUAAGCACCCGUUCACCGGCGAUACGCCUCUCCAUUACACAGUCCUCUGCUCUCACUCUAAACGCAAACAAAUUUGCGAUCUUUUGAUCCGAAAAAAUGCGAAUUUAAAUGAGAAAAAUAAAGACUUCUUAUCACCGCUUCAUUUGGCUGCAGACAACUCCAGGUUUGAUGUCUUGGAACUACUGCUCAAACACAGCGCCAAAGUGAACAUUUUGGACGGUUUGGGACAAACAGCGCUUCACCGAUGCGCUCGUGAAGACAAUGUGAGCGCCGCACAGAUAUUGCUCUCAUACGGCGCCGACACCACAAUCGUUAGCCUUCAGGGCUAUACCGCCGAACAAUUGGCUAAAGAUAAUGUGCAGAAGUUGUUGGCCAACCAUCGGUUGACCUCAACUGGAGAUACGGAAUAUAAACUGUUGGAAGCGUCGAAAGCCGGUGAACUGGAUGUUGUGAAAGCGAUUCUCAAAUCAUACCCACAUUUGGUCAACUGUCGCGAUCUCGACGGCCGACUCUCGACACCAAUACAUUUCGCCGCCGGUUAUAACCGCGUGAAUGUCGUCGAGUUUCUUCUCUCCCGAAAUGCCGACGUUUCGGCCAAAGACAAGGGAGGGUUAGCGCCACUCCAUAACGCUUGCAGUUAUGGUCACCUGGAAGUGGCGGAACUGCUUAUUAAACAUAAGGCUAAUGUGAACGCAACGGAUCUCUGGAAGUUUACGCCAUUACACGAGGCGUCGGCCAAAGGGAAGAUCGAUAUCGUGAAACUUCUGCUCUCCAACGGCGCCGACAAAGACAAGAAGAAUAGAGACGGCAAUCGAGCCAUUGAUUUAGUAAAAGAGACCGAUCAGGACAUACUGGAUCUGCUUAUGGGUGAGGCGGCCAUCUUGGAUGCGGCCAAGAAGGGUGACCUCAGCCGACUCGUCAAGUUAGUGACCGCCGAGAAUGUCAACUGCCGGGACUCGUCGGGCAGACACUCGAGUCCUUUGCAUUUGGCCGCCGGUUAUAACAACAUAGAGUGCACUCAAUUCCUUAUUGAAAAGGGCGCGGAUGUGAACAGCACUGAUAAGGGAGGCUUAAUACCGCUCCAUAACAGCGCAUCUUAUGGUCACAUAGAUAUCGCGGCUUUACUUAUCAAAUACAAUACAUCCGUCAAUUCGACCGAUCGCUGGGGUUUCACACCAUUACAUGAGGCGGCACAAAAAUCUCGGACCCAAGUCUGUGCGCUAUUGUUAGCUCACGGCUCCGACUGUUACCUUAAGAAUCAUGAAUCGCAAACACCUCUAGAUUUGGCGACCGCUGAUGACGUCAAGUGUCUUUUGAUGGACGCAAUGGCGCCGAACUCUGCAGUCUCGCCAUCAUCUGUCAUGUUAUCGAUGACCACAAAUGCCAAAGUAUUGGCUGUGAAUACAUCACCAAUGGAUCAAAAGAACACAUCCACCACUUCCUCUAAUCCAAACCUGAGCACAACUUUAGCCAAUCUUUCGCCUCAGAAUACAAUGAAUGCCAUUCAUUCUGAUAUAACAAGCAUUCCUUCGGCGCUGACUCUACUACUAUCGCAACGGAACAGUGAGAACGUGAACGGAGACAUCUCUCCAGCCAGUGGUCAGUGCGCUGACGGCACAUCCAAGAAGACUAGUGUCCAUUCAAUCACCAAUUAUUUACCACUUUCUACGUAUCCGUCCGUCAAUAUGAGUACAUUUCUCAGUGAUUUAGGAUUAGAGCACUUGACAGAAGUGUUUGUUAGCGAACAGAUCUCUUUCGAUAUCCUAUCAGAGAUGGGUCACGAAGAGCUCAAACUGAUUGGUGUCAACGCUUACGGACACAGACAUCGACUUCUUAAAGGCAUCGAAAAGGUGUUGUUGUCCACGCAUUCCAGUGCUCAGCAUUUGGUUCCGUUAAGUUCGGGAACAGUUAUGUCUGAUUUGAAUGCAAACGACAAGGAAUUUCAAGCGGUUGAGGACGAAAUGCAGACCACUAUUAGAGAACACAAAGAUAACGGCCAUUCGGGCGGUGUUUUCAAUCGAUACAAUAUCAUUAAAAUUCAGAGAUUAAGUAAUCGAAAGCUAUGGCAGAGGUAUUGCCAUCGAAGGAAAGAGAUAUUAGAGGAGAAUCACGACUACGCCAACGAACGCAUGCUUUUCCACGGCUCGCCGUUUCUCAACGCAAUCACUCAAAAGGGUUUCGACGAAAGGCACGCAUAUAUCGGCGGUAUGUUUGGCGCCGGAAUAUACUUCGCUGAGAACAGCUCUAAAAGCAAUCAAUACGUGUAUGGAAUCGGAGGCGGAACGGGAUGUCCGCAACACAAGGAUAGGUCGUGUUAUGUAUGUCGACGACAAUUAUUGUUAUGUAGGGUAGCGUUGGGUAAAUCAUUCUUCCAGUUCAGUGCGUUAAAGAUGGCGCACUCACCGCCCGGACAUCACAGCAUAAUCGGCCGUCCCAGCGGUGGAGGACUUACUUAUCCAGAAUAUGUGAUAUAUAGAGGAGAACAGGUAUUUACAGACACUCAUUGA